ACAUAAGAAUACAUAUGUUUUACAACACCCACGGGCAGAAAUUAAGGAAAAAAAGUGCCUAUUCUAAGCUACGCGCCAAAAAACCGCCUUUUCCCAGAGAACGCGUCAUAUGACGUAACGACAGGCAAACAUAGGCGCUGCAGCCCUGGUUCUCAGUGUGGGUUUACGUAGUCUGAGAGGUGGAAACAGAAAAUAGAGAUUGUCGUUAUCGUUAUUAUAGUUAUAGUAGGUUUGAGUUGUCACAAUGGUGAAUUCUUGUGUUUGUUUUGGAUGCAACAACUCCAACUUGUCUGGCCAUCGGGUCCACCGAUUUCCAAACAAGAAACACAAAGAUUUCCGUGCUUGGAUACGUUUCGUCCAGGCAAAGAGAAGCAAUUUCGCUGCCUCCUCGUUGACUAGACACACGGUGGUAUGUGAAAAACACUUCACACCGGACAGCUACAACCAAGGAGAUCUUAUGGAAUUUCGCAUGGGAUUUCGACGAAAAGAGUGGGUUAGGCUGGCAAAUGGAGCUGUGCCAUCGGUGCAUGCAAGUCCACCUGCAAAAUCUGGCGGGAGUGAAGAGUCUAACGUUAAUGUUAGCACUAGCAGAGAAUCUGCGCGUCGAAAACGGGAGCUUUGCACAGCCUGCGGAACUUGUGGCUAUGAGCGUUACUGGCAAAACCAAGAGAAGGUGCAUCGAAACAUGCCUGCCUGCAACCUUUUACUCAGCGGUGCCAUCCACUUCUCAGGUUGCAUGGCUACUCAGACAAUCAGGAUGCUGAAGCUGUUUGGACUGCAGUGCAUAAGUCCCGGCACUUUUUUCCGCCAUCAGCGCUAUUACACUAUCCCUACCAUCGUGCAGGCCUGGAGGAAUGAGCAGAGUGGGAUCAUCAGGGAGUUGAAGGAGACUGGGGGUGGAUUGAUCCUGUCUGGUGACUGCAGAUCAGAUUCUCCUGGACACUGUGCCAAGUAUGGUAGCUACUCCUUGAUUGAGGAUCGAAUUAACAAAGUUUUGGAUGUUCAGCUUGUCCAAAGCUCAGAAGUCCCAAGCAGCUCUUGGUGUGAGCUAGGGGGUCUAAAGCGGAGUAUGCAGUUCCUGAUGGACCAAGACAUGCAAGUGUCUGCUCUGAUAACAGACAGAAAUCGGCAGGUGGCCAAGUGGGUACGUGAGAAAAUGUGUUCAGAAGGAACAAAGCAUUUCUUUGACGUCUGGCAUAUUGGGAAAAGUGUACAGAAAGCACUGGAUGCUGCUGCAAAAGAGAGGGACUGUGAGGAUCUGAAGCUGUGGAGGCCUGCCAUUAUCAACCAUCUCUAUUGGACCGCAGCUUCCACCCCUACAGGAGAUCCAGAUGAGAUGCAGGCAAAAUGGCAGAGUAUGAUAAAUCAUGUACAGAACAUACAUGAACACAGCUCUCCAGCAUUUACCAGCUGCGCACAUCCACCGUUGGAAGGAGAGGCAAGAAACAAGGAGUGGCUGGAACCAGGAUCACCAGCAGCCACUAAACUGGAGAGUGUAGCUGCCAGGAAAGCACUGGUAAAGGAUAUUCGACAAUUGUCACCUCAGCAUCAGACAUUCUCCCUGGAGGCCUACCAUUCCCUUAUUCUGCACUUUGCUCCCAAACACACUGGCUUUUCUUUUCUUGGGAUGUACAGCAGACUUCUCUUGGCAGCCCUACAUUUCAAUAGUAAUGGCAACAGAGAUGUAGCGCGUACUAGUGAGGGUGAGGUACGCUACGCUGUUCGCUACCCACGGUUUCGGAAAGGUGGCUGGGUAGUCCACCCCAUCAAGGAGAAACCAUCUUACGGAUACGCAACAAAUCUUAUGGUCUCUCUGGUAGAGGAAUACUGCAAGUCACCACAGGCCCUACAAGAAAGCAGUGCCGUCUUGUCCUCUGCUGCACCGCCCCCCCUCACCUCUUCCGUCCAGAAGGUUGCCAAGGAUGAGGCAGUCAGCCUCCAUCUCGCACGACACUCACGUUUUAACAUGUAAUAAAAGAUCAAUUGUACCAGUACAGUUUGUU